GGUUGCCAGAGAUUUGUCUCUUGCAGAUUGCAGAGUGAAGCGGAAUGGAAGCCUCUUCUUCCCAACCAGCCCCCUGGUUCCCCCAAUGGCCAGAAACGCUAGCUAACUAGUCGGUAGUAAGCAACGACAAGGACCACGGCUCGACCAACGGUCCACCGCGCGCGAUCAUUCCAUCCAUCCCAGCCAGGGCCGUCCCAUCCUCUCCCCCAUCCCCAUCGCAUCCACCCUCCACCCUUGGCUCCCAGUCUCUGUGCGUCACUUUUUCACAGCGCCAUACGAGGGAAGUGACCUGUCAAUCAUUUUUCACGACCGAGAAAAAGAUACCACACUGGUGCGCUACGGAUGGCCCCGUACCUCGUUCCCACGGCCCCAAGGGGCAGAAGGUGGAGACAUCGACCGUGUGACGAACCGAGUCAGUGUGCCCCGGAACGAUCUGGACUGGACAGGUCACACAAACACGCGCGGUGUGGGAUAUGCAUGACUUGUAACAUGACGAUACGGGCGACAAUGCGUCAUUAUGGCACGCUUUGUAUAGCUUCGACAACAAGAAUAGCCCGGUCAUCGCCCUCGUUCUGCCAACAAUAUAGGCCUCCCAGGUGAGGCGGUGAAAAGCGGUGAGUUCACCGACUGUUCUGCUAUCAUUUUUACCAAGGGCUCUCACGCACAAUAAACGUUCGGGUAUCCAGGGGGGAGAAGAUCCUCCCCGCUGCAUGGACCGAACAACAGAGGCAAAACGUGUCGAUUGUUUGGCUGCCUUGCACCGCAACCUUCUGCUGCAGGGUCGAUGGCCUCAAACCUUAGGUGCUGGAGGUGACAGCGCACAAGCUGAAAAAACCAUAUGCAAAUGCAAGCUCGUACGCAACCAGAAGAUUGGAAGCAAACCUGCUGAGGGCAAACACGUAUUUCAUACUGCUCUGGCAAGCCGCCUUUUUGUCGGCAAGGUCAGCAGAUUAGCAUGGUCAUGUGCCGGAAGCGUCCAGCAUGCAAGGCGGUUGGCCGUUGAAACCGAAGCCAGGUCUUCCUUGUCAGCAUGUCGGCCUGGGAAAUGCCGAAGGAGUGACAAUGCCUUUGUUUCAUCACUGGCGGAGAACAGGUGUUGCAACUCUUGCAGGUCGCCAAUGCACCCGACACGAACCUCCUUCAGGUCCUAGCGAACUCAAAGUACGAGGCACUGCUCGGCGCGUCCCCAGCGGCGAUGGAUCCAGGCUCGAGCAAACAAGAACUGCGAGCAAGAAUGAAUUGAGGCCAUGUUGCAAAGAAGUUCAACCUUGGCACAUGCGUCAGCCCAUCAUCAAUGCCCAGUGAGUUGCACAAACUGGCAAGUUGGGUUGUCGAAUCUCCUACCGACAACCCCCUGCCCUCCACUACUCGUACGACAACUGGAGUCUCCCGGAGGAUGUUUCGAUCGCCCCCCCUUUGCCUGUCCAGCUGGGCCACUUGCAGGACCCAUGUUCACGAAGAAGCGCCCCAUUGUUCACCGUUCGUCCAUUUUAACUUUUGGGUCCUAGGCCGUCACUGUUGCUGAGUCCAUUGGGGGGGGUUGGUUUGUGUUUGUUAGAAACACACCACUCGGCGCCACCCCGCCCAGCGUCCCACCGCCUCCUAGCCUGGAUUGGGAUCCAUUCUUCAGUAGUCGCUCACGUCGGUCAAUAAUGUCCCAAGAACGAGUCGAGUGCAUUCCGAAACGAGACGGCAUGGCAGACGAUAGGACUGCCACGGCGGACAAAGGGUUGGAACCCUCAUCUUGCUAGCGCCACCUUCUUGCCAGUUGGUUGUUCUCGCUUCUCUCUUUAGUUUCUUCGCCAGGAGAGCCCGAAGUUCGAGAGUGGAACAUGGCAGCAGCCUUGUUUUCUCCAUCAUCAUUUCAUCACUUCCGACGCAGUCCCGCAAAUCCAAGGCUGGUGCAAGUGCCAAUCUGGCCCCUAUCCAAGCCACGCAGUCACACUGGGACUUCGUCCUGGUAACUGUCACGCCCCAUCAUUAUGGUGGAGAGCACGUUCUAUCUCCUAAUGGGAUCCAGACGCCUUGCAAGUCUCAACCGGUGGUUGCUUGUCCUUGGCCUAGCUUCUCCUGGAAGGGCAUUGCCCUUUUCGUCAGCAAACGCGCCCUUGAGGCCAUCGGGUGGAUUCCGAUUUGCCGCCAUAUCGAAUCGUGUCCUUCAUACGGGCCACGAAGUAAUCGGUACAUGACUUGUUGUAUUCUCCUCUGGGUCGUCUCGCGCAUCCGCAAUAGCCUGACCCCUCAGCAAACCCGAACUCAAGACAACUCAGCGCAAUCCAAGAAAGCGGCCCAAUCUCCUUCGCAUCCCUCUGUUUGUCAUCCCCCUCCACAGAAUCUUGCAGGACCUUCCUGAAUGAGUUGCGGGACCCUUUCCUCAACUUUGCCAGCCACGUCAAAAGACUUGUGGUAAAGUGAUCAUCUGAGAUUACAGAGGGUCCGGGAUUGAUGCACUGUGUCCGAGGGAGACACGCAUGGACAUGUCAUUUGUCUCUUUUGUGCACAUGAUACUGGCAUCGCUGCUCGCUUCUGGUGUCACCAUCUGCCGACGGGGUGCAAAUACAUGGCACAAGACUGACUAAAGGCUUGUCUGCUUAAACUUGUAAGUACAAGAUCUCUUUUCUAGAAAUUAGGGCAGGGAACGGCUUUCCUAACCAUCCCGGUCCUCGUCGAUUUGGGAAUCAGCGGGUGUCUGUUUUUGAUUUGACCAACGACCUACGUCCACAACAGAAGACACUUCAUCAGUGUCAAGCACCUUUCCACUUACCUCAAUCUACAGCGUGGGUUUGAACCUCAGACUACUUUUUUUUUCAACCAUUGGACACGCUCGCCGCCAAGUCAAAGUAGCCACGAAAUGCACGCUACAACUGGGGGCUACAAUGUCACGCAAAUCCGUGCGGCUAGCUGCUGACGGCGGAGAGCCGCAGGAAAAUGACAGCUCCAUUCGACAUACGUACUUGUACCUUAUGAUCAUCUGUUUCUUUCCAGAGCGGCGUGCAAGGAAUUGUGGUCGGAAGUUCUCGUUCCGUUCAGCCAUGUGCCAGCAUUGCACCUCUGUUGAGUCCCCACUCAGAACGAGAUACGGAUUAUUACUCUCUGCUCCAGGCUGUCGUGGACUGAGACAAGUCCGGGGCUUGUCUCGUGGCGCUGCCUUUCCGUAACGGCCUGUAGUCUUGGAUCGACCGACUUUUUGCUAGGUCUGCCUACAGUCUACAAGCAUGCCUAGCUGGGAGUUUAAGUGAAGUACUCGGCAUGGAAUCAACAAUCAUGCAGUUUGUUUGUCCAGUGGCAAGAUGACAGAGACAUGCUGCCUCUCGUACUUCUCCAGGGUUUCUUUCAAGGACCGGUCUACCAAAGGAAGACCUUGAGAUCCAUAUAUAUUGGACAAGGGCCAAUGAACGCAUAUGCUCACACAAGCGACACAAUAUGCCAGAGCACUUUUUUCUAAACUGGAAAUUUCCAGGACGGUCUCCAUGAAAUGUCGUUGACCUCUCAAGCAAAGCCCUUGGACGCUUGCGAAGUUGGUCGUGGGAGCCGGCUCACGACUUUUGUCGGUCACAGGCACUUUCGCCCCGAGUCGAGCUGAGAAUCUGUUUGGGCUUGCCUGUUUGGCAAAAGGGCAUAGACAAAUAUGUUGGCCGCUGAGCGACACUGUACAAGAGAAACACACCAAUGAAAUCGGUAUGGGAUUGUUCGCCUCAUGAGAGAUUUUGCACCUGCAGAAUCAAUUCUAUGCUUUAGACUGCUGGUCUUGUUUCGCUGUCAACCAGCAUCCGGGCGCUUCUCAGUCAAUAAAACACGACAGAGGGCUUGUGGUAUGGUCCGGUGUAUGCCUAG